AAAACACAAAGAGGAUGAAGAAGAAGAGGAGCGCACCACUUUUAAAACAGAAGAAGAAGAAGUGGAAGUUAGUUUAUCACAACCUGCGGCAACUGAUGGGGAGCUACCCUGAGUUAUGUUCAAUCAAAGGAGGAGUCAGAAAACACAGAGAGCUCUACAUCUGAUCAGGAUGAUGAGGAGCCAGAAGGGCCAGUUGCAGGAGAUCCCAUUGACCUCUUCUCAGCUGCGUCCAGCACUCCUUUUACGCUUCCAAAAGGACCAGAUAUUUCAAGGUCCGAAGAACAUGGCCCUGUUCAGCCAAGUUCCACAAACUUCCCCAUAACUCAGCAUGGAAUGAGAAAGAGGUCUUUUCACAGCUCCUGGUACAAAGACUGUUCUUGGUUAGAAUAUUCUGUUAUUAAAGACUCUUCCUACUGCUUUGCCUGUAGGCAUUUUUCCUUGCCUAAUGCACCAGACAGUGUCUUUGCCUCGCGUUCUGGUUUCUGUUAUUGGAAAAAGGCAUUGUACAAGGAGUCUGGAUUUAAACUUCACUCAAAGUCAGAGCACCACGUAAAUGCAAUGUAUGCAUGGAGUCAAUAUAAAAGGGCUAUUGAGGGAAAUACAACCAUGCUAAAUUCUAUAAACCCAAACCGGAAAAAGUGGUGGAAGAAAACCGGUAUUAUAUUAAAACAAUAGCCGAUGUUCUUCUGUUGACUGCAACACAGAAUAUUGCUCAAAGGGGGCAUCGAGAAUCUGAGGACUCUAAAAAUAAGGGAAACUUUUUGGCUAUAUUGAAUGAAAUAGCAAAAUAUGAUCAGUUAAUUGAAAAAAAGCUUAGAGGAUGUGGCAAUGCAAAAUACACAAGUCAUCAAAUCCAAAAUGCAAUUCUUCAGUGCUUAGCAGAGAUGGUACAGACCGAAAUCAUAAAAGAAGUGAAGGAAUGUGAAGCAUUCAGUGUUAUUGCAGAUGAAACAAAAGACUUCCUAAAAAAGGAACAAAUAUCUGUAGUUGUACGAUAUUAUUACAAUGGUGUCAUCCAUGAAAGCUUCCUAUGUUUCCAGGCAGCUGAAAGCCUUAAUGCAGCGGGUCUUAGUGAAAUGAUCAUUAACUGUCUUGAGAAACAUGGUCUGGACUACAUAAAUAACCUAGUGGGACAGGGUUAUGAUGGUGCAUCCGUCAUGAGUGGGAAGCAUUCCGGUGUAUCUGCCAGAAUUCAGAGCAAUGCCAAAUUUGCAUUUUAUGUUCAUUGUAACGCACAUUGCUUGAAUUUAGUCCUUGUUGAUGCUACCAAAGCAGUUCCUAAGGUCGUUGACUUUUUUGCACUUCUACAGCAGCUGUAUAACUUUGUGUCUGGCUCUUAUGUUCAUCUUAGGUGGCUUGAUGUACAGAAAGAGUUGUAUCCAGCAGAAAAGCCCAGGGAGCUCCAGGCACUUUCGGAUACAAGGUGGGCCUGCAAGUACACGGCAUGCCGUACCAUGAAAGAUAGACUUCCAGCAGUUCUGAGAUUGUUGCAGGAUAUUGCACUUGAGAAAAAAGGUGAAAGAUCAGUGGAGGCAAGGGGUCUGCUUCUUCAAAUAGAUGUGCAAUUCUUAGGUCUUUUGGUUACCUUUUGUAAAGUGCUAGGUGAUGCCAAAUGUCUUUCUGACAUGCUCCAGACCAGCACUCUUGAUCUAAGAAGAGCUACAGAUCUAGUAGGUGCUCUUAGAGACACUUUCCAGGACUACAGAAAUGAAAAGUACUUUGAUGAACUAUGGAAAGAGGUCGAGGAGCUUGCUAAGAAGAGCAAAAUUAGUGUAAAAAUUGACAGAAGACAUCUAAGUUUAAGUUUAAAAUUUCUUGACUCACUUGUAAUGAGCAGUAUAGGACAGAGAAAAGGUGAUGAUGAUGGCUUCCCCAGAUCACUCUUUAAUCAGGUGCUUGACUGUCUCAUAGUGGAGUAAAAGAGGCAUUUUUCAAAGAAAAACUGUGAGAUCAUGCAAGGAGUGCAGUCUCUAAACCCCAAAAGUGCAACUUUCUUGAAUGUGGAACCUCUGAUUGCUUUUGGACAGAUCUUUGAGUCAGAUUUAGAUGACCUGAAACAUGAGGUGCACCAAGCAAAGUGUUUGCUUGAUCAGAGAAUAAAGAGUGAUUUAGACACGCCUUCUACUUUGCUUGAUUUUCUUGUGUUUCUUGAACCUUAUCAAGAGGUUUUGUGUGAAUUAUUCAAACGUUGCAAGAUUGCUGUUGUUAGUCCAGUUAGUACUGCUUCUUGUGAGAGAAGCUUUUCUGCUUUAAAAUUGAUUAAAACUAACCUAAGGACAACAGUGGCUGAUGCCAGGCUAAGUCACAUUGGAAUACUUACUUAGUAUAGAGUCAAGGAGGGCACUGGGCCUCAAAAUUGAAGACUUUUGUAACAUAUUUUGCUUCAUCUCACAACAACAGAAGGAUUCUACUUUUAUAACUGCAUGAAGGAGUUUUGUGUUUCUGGUCAUGUUUUAGCUCUUCACUGACUUGUACCAAUGACAGUUUAGGAGUCAGUACAUUUGGUCAUAGCUGCAUUAAGUUAAUGUCAACAUGGUUUUCGUUAUUAUUUGUACUUUCAAACAUGGCUGAUCAUUGUCCAUUUGAAAGACACAUUUAUGCCCAUGCUUAAAGGCAUACUAUGCAACAUUUUUCAGUUAAUUAAUGUGUUCCAUACCGUUUUGGAUGAUUAAAUAAGUCAU